CGCGCGUGACGUGCCGAGUGACGAUGACGUCAUCGUACGGUUCGACGUCGCGCGGCCCUGGCAGAGGAGAGGGAGACGGAGGGAAGACAGCAGAAGCUGUGCCGAGAUUGUAGGGCGGCGGGGACGGGGGGGGGGGGGGGGUGGAGUGGAGGAUGAUGAUGGAAUCGGUGACAACGGCGGAGGAAGAGGCCGCGGCGGCAGCGGGGCGGCCCGUCUCUUGCCCCGUGUGCGGCCUGCAUGUGACGAGCCCCCUGGCGCUGCAGUCCCACGCCAAGCAGCACGGGCGCCCGCCCACGGCCACGGCCACCCCGGCCGCCACCCCCGCGCCAGCGAGGCCGCUGCUGUGCUGCGACCAGUGCGCCUACAGCACAGACAAGCGCAGCCGCCUCAACAGCCAUCGGCGCAUCCACACGGGCGAGAAGCCGUACGUGUGCGUCGCGUGCGGCAAGGCCUUCACGCAGUCGGGCAACCUGCACAACCACCAGAGGACGCACACGGGCGAGAAGCCCUACAAGUGCGACGUCUGCGGCAAGGCCUUCGCGGUCUCGGGGGCCCUCAACAACCACCAGAGGACGCACACGGGCGAGAAGCCGUACAAGUGCGUCGCGUGCGGCAAGGCGUUCACGCAGUCGGGCGCCCUCCACAGCCACCAGAGGACCCACACGGGCGAGAAGCCCUACAAGUGCGCGCUGUGCGGCAAGGCCUUCACCCAGUCGGGCGCCCUGCGGAGCCACCGUAGAGUCCACGUGGGCGAGAAGCCGCACCGGUGCAGCGUCUGCGGCAAGGCGGUGACGCAGUCGGAGCACAAGCAUUAGUGCCGCCCCGACCGAGCCGCCGUGAAGGAGAGGCCGCCGGUGUUCGACGGACACGGCGUGCGGUUGGUUUCAUAGUUGGGCGGAGGGGGCGGGACGGGGGAUUGGCAGCAGUGGAGCGAGUUGUAGGGGGAGGUUUGUUUGUUUGUUAGUUCGUUCGUUUGUUAGUUUGUUUCAACGCACGCGUGCGAUGCGCACACGUGCGUGUGACCCUGGUUGUUGCAAUAGCGGUGAGCGCGCUGCGCUAUGAACCCGGCCAACCCGAGUUCAACUGCCGCCGCCGGUCCUGGGCCUCCUCCCCUAGGUCGACUGGGCCUCAAAUGAGUACCUGGUGGGGGUGUAUAGACAUCGCCACUGGGGGAGACAAAGGCGGCCGGGCGUGGUGUUGGCCAUCCACACCCCUCAU